GGAGCUAACUGAUGGUUGUGAACCACCAUGUGGGUGCUGGGAACGAACCCAGGUCCUCUGCAGAAGCAGCCAGUGUUGCGAACCACCAAGCCCUCUCUCCAGCCCCAUAAAACUGGCUUUUCUUCAAUCUAAACGUGACUACUGUUUGUGUGAGUUGGAAUUGUCACCUGACCCUUUUGUCUCCCUCGUCCCUUUUCUGAGGUCUCACUGGUCAUACUGAUUAAUGGCUGUGGAAGGUCCAGUUGGGGUCUGCUGUCCAGUAAUGCCGGCCUCCAUCUGUGUCAUGUGGGGUGUGUGUGAGAGAGAGGGCUCCAAUGCACGUCUGUUUCUUCCCUGGGAACCUAGCUUCUGCUGUUGGUUCCUCAUUGCCCCGCACUCAGCCCAGUCAGCCUGCCUGGCUCUGCUGAGAACCAUGGCUUUCAGUGUAGCCUGGCUGUACAAACAGGGGCAGCCACAAGUCUCAGCCUGGCCAGAGGCUGAGGGAAGGAAGGACUGCUGGGCUCAGAGUUGAUCUUGUAAAAUGACCUCCUACCACCAAAACCACACAAACAGGAAUCCAAACUCUGUCAGUCACUUGGGUUGGGGCAGGUGGGCUCUCUCUACCCCAGAAUGUCCACCUAACAAGGAUCCCUGGAUGCGGCCUUUGCCUCCUGCUACAGUCCUAACCUACUGGCCUGCCGUCCCACUAAGUGGGACCUGCCUGCGGAUUGUAGGCAGCUGUAUUCCCUAUAGAGUCCCAUCUACAGGCAGUAGGCAGGAAUAACUGCCCUCACACCUUUGCAGCAGCAGAUUCUGUGUUGAGUGAUACUUGGGGGGUUGCCAUGGUUACACCUCCUAUUGGUCUGUCACCUUCACUGUCCUCAGGAACACAUCCCCUCCGUUAUCCAAGCUGCAGUCAGUCCUACCUUCAGGUGGCUGGCUGUGGCCCAUCCUGGCUAGCCCCUGUGCCUUGCUUGACUGGUGUUUCUGCACCAGAGGCCCUGCUGUCUCAAAUCUAAUUCAGGGGUGUUUGGUUAGAGCUCCCAGCCUUGGCCAGGAGUAGGGGCCACAAAUAAAGACAAGGUGUCUACUGAUAGCAGCUCCAGCUCGGGAGAAAUUGUGGUGGGGAGCAAAUAGACCUUGACAUUCUGGGAUGGGUCACAGACCUAUUUUUAGUAGAGAGAAAGCAUCCUAGAGAAGGUAACAAAACAGGCUGCCUAAAAGGGAUAUCGUUUGCCGCAGGUUCCCAGCUAUGGCCUACUGGGAGAAGCUUCUGCAGCAUGUAGUGCAAGAGCUGUACGCAGGCGGUGGUUCUGGGUCGAGCUGUUCGGUGGGGGACGGUUCUACCCAGGCAGUGCGUCGAGUUGGGGCCGCGCACGCGCGUGCAGGAUAUGCGCGAGCUCUGGCUGUGUGCGCGCUGGGCUGGCAUCUCAGUGACGCUGUCUGAGCUCCGGGAGCGCAGAGCAGAGCAGGCGGAGCGGGCCGGCCGGGGCGGAGCGGAGCGGUCCGCAGAGCAGCCCCUCCCGGCCUCGGCCGACCCCAGCCCUCGGCCCGGCUCUAUGGACAGGAGCUCGCUGCUGCAGCUCAUUCAGGAGCAGCAGCUGGAUCCUGAGAACACAGGCUUCAUCGGUGCGGACACCUUCGCUGGUCUGGUACACAGCCAUGAGCUGCCCCUGGACCCCACCAAGUUGGACAUGUUGGUGGCUCUGGCUCAGAGCAACGAGCGGGGCCAGGUCUGCUACCAGGAGCUGGUGGACCUGAUCAGCAGCAAGCGUUCCAGCAGCUUCAAGAGAGCCAUUGCUAAUGGACAACGGGCACUGCCCCGGGAUGGACUGCUGGAUGAGCCGGGCCUGGGUGUCUACAAGCGGUUUGUGCGUUAUGUGGCCUAUGAGAUCCUGCCCUGCGAGGUGGACCGCCGCUGGUACUUCUACAGGCACCGUACCUGCCCACCCCCGGUGUUCAUGGCCUCGGUCACCCUUGCCCAGAUCAUCGUGUUCCUGUGCUACGGGGCACGUCUCAACAAGUGGGUGCUCCAGACCUACCACCCUGAAUACAUGAAGAGCCCUCUGGUGUAUCACCCAGGACACCGUGCCCGGGCGUGGCGCUUUCUCACCUACAUGUUCAUGCAUGUCGGGCUGGAGCAGCUAGGGUUCAAUGCCCUCUUGCAGCUGAUGAUCGGCGUGCCCCUGGAGAUGGUACACGGUGUGCUUCGCAUCAGCCUGCUCUACCUGGCUGGCGUGCUGGCAGGCUCCCUGACUGUCUCUAUCACAGAUAUGCGUGCCCCCGUGGUAGGGGGCUCUGGAGGGGUCUAUGCCCUGUGCUCAGCACACCUGGCCAAUGUUGUCAUGAACUGGGCUGGGAUGCGGUGUCCGUACAAGCUUCUGAGGAUGGUGCUGGCUCUGGUGUGCAUGAGUUCCGAAGUGGGCCGGGCGGUGUGGCUGCGGUUCUCCCCGCCACUGCCCGCCUCGGGCCCGCAGCCCAGCUUCAUGGCACACCUGGCUGGCGCAGUGGUGGGCGUGAGCAUGGGCCUUACCAUCCUGCGAAGCUAUGAGGAGCGCCUGAGGGACCAGUGCGGCUGGUGGGUGGUGCUACUUGCCUAUGGCACCUUCCUGCUUUUCGCCAUCUUCUGGAACGUCUUUGCCUAUGACCUGCUGGGUGCCGAUAUCCCCCCUCCACCCUGACCUGCUCCCUAGGGCCAUGUGGCUACAGCCAGGCCUUCAGAGGGUCACACCAGGUGGGCCUGCAUGUCUGCCCUCUAUGAAUGGACCUCUUGGCUGCUUUUCCCACAGGGGCAGGGGGGCCCUGGGAUCCACCACCACCCCAGCUGAAGCCAAGUUUUACUGCAGCCCUUGCUGCCCCUCCCAGGCCUUCCCAGGGGGAGGAGUGCUACUAGGCCAGGGCUGGGUGGAGGACCUUGAAUGUGGCCCUAGAGGAGACCCCUCCCCUCCCCACUGACCCCCCCAGGACUUGCAGUCUGAGCCUUUUUGGAGAAUGAAUAAAUAUUUUACACAGCACCAGGUAGCUGUCCCGGGGCUCUGCAGGCUUGUCUGCCUCCUCACCCAGGCUGUAUGAGACACCUCCCCUCCAGGACGCUCUGUGAUCCCUCUCUCCCUUGAAGCUCUGCACUUGACUUGAGGUGGUGGCUUUACUCCUGGCCAGGGCCGGCAUCCACAGGAGGUGGGGCCCCUGGGAAGAGACUGUGGACUUCCAGGUCAGUCCAAGUUCAGCAAUCGUUUAUUGUGCUCCAAGAGCGUCCAAUCUCCUGUCCUUUCAGCCUCCCUUCCAAAGGCAAGCCCACGACAGAGCCAGGUUCACUUAGCUCGGGUCCUGUAAUUUUCGGCAGGUCCUUGUGGGAGGCCCAGUCGGGUUGAAGUUCAGGCAGCAGGUCUGGGCAUACAUGUACCCAUAGGCCAAGUUUGCACAAGACGAAGAGUCUACAGCUCUAAGACACUCACUAGUGAGGUCCACAAGGGUUCUGGCGUCGAGUUACUAGCCAUCAGAACCAUCUGAUGGGGUCCUGGAGGACCUCUCAGGACCCGCUCAGAAAUGCAGUGUGCUCUUGCACCCGGGCUAGAAACAGCAAGUAGUGCUUGAGUGUGUACGGGGUUAGCAAGCUAGGAACCGUAGCCACCGCCUCUUCGUAUAUGAAAUCAUCAACCCCAGAAACCCCUGGCGCCAGGACCACUGCAAAGAGUGACAAGGAAGUUCUGGGGAUGGCUUUUUUUGAGCUCCUAGAGUCCCCACCCAACUUGGGCAAAAAACCGCUUCCUACUCACUCGAGGCAGUGGUAGAAACCACGCAGCGAAGUUUGACUGCGGCGCUCAGAUCGGCAGAAAGCCGAGUUCUGAUUCUCCAAG